AUGUCGUCGGGUACCACCUCCGCCAUGUCUCAACUUGGCCCGGCGCCCUGCGUUUGCGACUCGCCGGCGGGCGCUAACAGCCAGAAGCGCCGCUGCUCCCAAUGCAACGGAAUGUUCGAGGCCCCUGCCGCCAUAGACCACAGUCGCUCAGAUGAACCGACGGUCCCGGUCGGCCCGCCCAGGGACAACGGCGCCAGCGACUGCGAUGCCUCUACCGCCUCGAAUGUUUUUUCCGGCCCAACCCUCUACCAGGCCGCUUCCAAGACCAAGGGCAACCGGCCUGGCUUCGAACGUGACGCCAAGCCUGGCUUCAAUCGUGACUCCAAGCCUGGCUUCGGGCCUGAUGACAACCUGGCCUCGGCCGAACGCGGCAAGUCGACCGUGUCCGCUGAGCGCAUGCCAUGUCCUCGGCCGACUGAUAGCAUCGUCGAUGGCGGGGGCCUGACUGAGCCCAAUCUUGCCUUGCAUGAGUUGGUGAGCAGAAACGUCCCCAACCGCCACGACGCUUUCUACCGUGCCUUGGGUAUCAUCGUCACGACUACCGGCGGGUCUCGCAACCGCACGGAGCUCUCAUCUGAGGUCACUACCAGCAGGCGGGGGGUGACCUGUACCAGCCGUCAGGUCACCCCCGUCGGCUCAAGCUGCGGGUCACCGACCAGCGCAGUUCGCGAGCCCGCCUCGGGAGGGAUCGCAUUCGGCGACCCGUCGACACUGGCCGGAGUUGACGUCAGGGUGGGCAUGCCAUUGGAGUACCCCAACAAAGAAGAGUUCUUCCGUGACCUCGACGAUACCCUCGACGAGUAA